UCUCUCUCACCCCCCCCCCCCCCCUCUCACCAACUCUCUCUACGAUGAUGCAAAUCGCAGCAAAGCUUCCGGUGGAUAACCUGAUUAAUCCUUCUAUGGCGAGACGGCCGAGCUUCCGGUGCCGUGGAUCGCCAUUGAAUCCCUUAACAAGAGCUAAUUUACAAACUGUAGUUAAACCAAUAACCUCAUCCACCGAAUCAACCAGAAACCACCUCUCCAAUCUCGAAAAUUUCCUUCAGAAGCAGUCGCAGAACAGAACGCUGGAGCUGCAACCAGUUCAGAAAGAGAGGAAGGGGCCGCUUGAAGGCCUCAACCUGGCCAGGAUUUGGCCGGAGAUGAAGGCCGCCGAGGAAGUCUCGCCGCGCCACCUCAACCGCCUCCGGCGGUUGCUCUCCAACUCCAAGUCGCAAGAGUAUUCUCCGAGGAACAAUCUUGGUGCUCGGUGGACGGAAUACCACGGUUGCAAUGACUGGUCCGGCCUCCUUGACCCGCUCGAUGAGAAUCUCCGGCGAGAGGUGGUCCGCUACGGCGAGUUUAUUCAGGCGGCUUACCAUUGCUUCCACUCGGAUCCCGCAACGUCUGCCGACGAAACCCCCUCCCCCCGCCAGGUGGCGCUGCCCGACAGAUCUUACAAGGUGACGAAGAGUCUUUACGCCACGUCAUCGAUUGGCUUGCCCAGGUGGGUGGAUGAUUUGGUACCGGAUCUCGGGUGGAUGACUCAACGCACCAGCUGGAUCGGGUACGUAGCCGUAUGCGAUGACCCGAGAGAGAUCGCACGGAUGGGAAGGAGGGACAUCGUCAUCGCGCUUCGAGGGACCGCCACGUGUCUCGAGUGGGCUGAGAACAUGCGCGAUGUACUCGUCCAAAUACCUGGCCAAACAGACCCGACCCGGGGACAACCCAAGGUCGAAUGCGGGUUCCUGAGCUUAUACAAAACACCUGCUGCUCACGUGCCGAGUCUAUCCGAAUCGGUCGUCGAAGAAAUCCACCGGCUCAUGGAGUUAUAUAAAGGCGAAACCCUAAGCAUCACCGUCACCGGGCACAGCCUGGGCGCCGCAUUGGCAGUUCUGGUCGCCGACGAUCUGAGCACAAGCGCGCCGGAAGUCCCUCCGUUGGCCGUCUUCUCCUUCGGCGGCCCCCGCGUCGGCAACCGAGUCUUCGCCAACCGGAUAAACUCAAACAACGUGAAGAUCUUGCGAAUCGUGAACUCGCAGGACGUGAUAACUAGAGUUCCGGGCAUGUUCGUAAGCGAGGGGCUGGACAAAACCCUAAGGAACUCGAGAGCUUCCGCCGUGCUGGACGUGCUCGACAACAACAUGCCGUGGGCAUACUCUCACGUCGGGACUGAACUGAGAGUGGACACGAAGAUGUCGCCUUAUCUGAAGCCGAACGCCGACGUGGCCUGCUGCCAUGACUUGGAGGCGUAUUUGCAUCUGGUUGACGGUUUCUCUUCGUCGGAAUGUCCGUUCAGAGCGAAUGCAAAGAGAAGUUUGGUGAAGUUAUUGAAUGAACAGAGAUCUAACGUGAAGAAGCUGUAUACAAGCAAGGCAAAGGGCCUGAGCCUGAAUCUCGAGAGACAACAAGGCAUGGCUGUUCCCAGUUGUUUACCUAGUCCUUCUUGAUUACAACAGACACCACACCAAGAUGAAAAUAUAGGGCACUUCUUGUACAAACCUAAAAUUAAUGGGGAAAUACAAGUGAUCAAAUUCUUUUCUUUCUUUUAA